AUGGCGAGGCAGUCUCUGAAGAGCACUCUGGGGCUUCUGCCAGGCAUCUUACUGUGUUUCCUAUUCUGUCCUCCUUUGAGUGGCCAGCAUGUGGCAGAGAUGCCUGGUGUGUUGCACUGUGGGCUACAGGGCUUCCAGUUCACUGUGAACCUCAGCCUGGAGGCCAGGAGUCCUGUGCUAACAGCUUGGGAUAGCCAAGGGCUGCCGCACAGGCUGAAGAAUGAUUCCGACUGUGGUACGUGGGUGAUGGACAGUCCUGGUGGCUUUCUGGCAUUGGAAGUGAACUACAGUAGCUGCUAUGUCACUCUGGAGGGCUCCCACUACGUUAUGACAGUUGGACUUCAAGAGGCGAAUGUAGCUGAAGAUAUGGCAGGGACGAGACUGCUUAAGUGCCCUUUGGAUCUUCGAGCCUCAGAUGCUCCAAGUACUGAAGUGUGCAGUGCUGUGCCAGUAAAGGAAAGACUGUCCUGUGCUCCCUCGCCAACGUCUCCACAAGACUGUGAAGAGCUGGGCUGCUGCUACAGCUCUGAAGAGGAAGAGACAGGCUUGUGUUACUAUGGAAACACAGUGACCUUCCAUUGCACCAGAGAGGGCCGCUUCUCCAUUGCUGUGUCCAGGAAUGUGACCUCGCCGCCCCUGCGCUCGGGUUCACUACACUUGGUCUUCAGGAAUGACAGUGAGUGUGACCCUGUGAUGACAACACCCACCUUUGUCCUGUUCCAAUUUCCAGUUACUUCCUGUGGGACCAGACGUCAGAUCACUGGAGACGAGGCUGUAUAUGAAAAUGAGCUAGUGGCCAUUCGGGAUGUGAGAGCAUCCCAAAGAGGCUCUAUUACUCGAGACAGCAUCUUCAGGCUCCGAGUCAGCUGCACUUACUCUGUUCUCAGCAACACAUCCCCAAUUAACUUGCAAGUGCUGACUCUGCCACCACCCCUUCCUAAGCCCCAACCUGGGUCUCUCUCUCUGGAACUUCAGAUUGCCAAGGAUAGAAACUAUGGCUCUUACUAUGGUGCAGAUGACUACCCACUGAUGAAAUUACUCCAGGAUCCUAUUUAUGUGGAGGUCUCCAUCCUUCACAGAACAGACCCCUCCUUGGGGCUGUUGCUAGAUCAAUGUUGGGCCACACCUAGCCCUAACCCUUUUCAUCAACUGCAGUGGCCAAUCCUGGUGAAGGGAUGCCCAUAUGCUGGAGACAACUAUCAGACGAAAAGGAUCCCUGUCCAGAAAGCUCCAGAUCCCUUUCCUUCUCAUCAUCAACGCUUCAGCAUCUCCACCUUCAGCUUCACGAAUGCUGGAAGGGAGGGGCAGGUUUUUGGUGGACAGGUCUAUCUGCACUGCAGUGCACUGGUCUGCCAGCCUGCUGGGACACCUUCCUGUACAGCCAUAUGCCCUGCUUCCAGAAGAAAGAGAAAAUCCGAGCUUUAUUUUGAGAACAGAACUGCCAGCAUAUCUAGCAAGGGCCCCCUGAUUCUUCUCCAAACCACCGAGGACCCUGCAGACCUGCUUCAUAGAUACCCAGGCACCUCCAUGGAUUCUCCUGCUCUGUGGGUGGUAGUACUUUCUGCAACCAUGAUCAUCGUUGGAGUCUUGUUCAUAUCCUACUCGGCCCUCAGAAAACGGAGAUAA